CCCAACGGGAGUCUUCGCAUCAAGAUGGCGGAGCGGGGAGUUGAGGGGUGGCGGCGGCUGCAGCAGCAGCGAGGUCCGGGCCGGCUGUAGGAGACACCCGGAGCCUGUCCUCACCAGCAGUAGCCGGAAGCAAGGAGAGGGGAAACACACGGAGGGAGAGAGAGAGAGAGAAAGAAAGACGGGGCUGGGGCUGGAGCUGGAGCCGGAGAGCAGAGGCUGCCCUCGCACACCCACCCCGCCUCUGGGCAAGGCCUUCCCCACCUCCCCUCCGGCGCUGCCCCGCUUCUCACCCACUCUCGUAUGAAUUCCGCCGAGGGCAAUUCGAAGUGUGCGCCAGCGGAGGCGAACGCAAGUAAACAAAGAGAACCUUUGGCUGAAAACCACACAGCAAGCCGAAUGAAGCGAGCCGCUGCAAAGCAUCUAAUAGAACGCUACUACCACCAGUUAACUGAGGGCUGUGGAAAUGAAGCCUGCACGAAUGAGUUUUGUGCUUCCUGUCCAAGUUUUCAUCGUAUGGAUAACAAUGCUGCAGCAUUAAAGGCCCUUGAGCUUUUUAAGAUUAAUGCAAAACUAUGUGAUCCUCAUCCUUCCAAGAAAGGAACAAGCACUGCCUAUGUGGAAAACAGCACCAAGAGCACUCAUAACAUCAUCUGUUGUUCAGAAACAAAAGUGAAUAAGCAAGAUAUGCAGGCUCAACGAGAAGACUUUAAAGAUGUGAAUUACCUGACAGAGGAAAAGGUAUACGAAAUUUUGGAGUUAUGCGGAGAGCGAGAAGAUUAUUCACCAUUGAUACGUGUCAUUGGUAGAGUUUUCUCUAGUGCUGAUGCGUUGGUGCAGAGCUUCCGAAAGGCCAAGCACCAUACAAAGGAAGAGCUAAAAUCACUACAAGGAAAGGAUGAGGAUAAAGAUGAGGAUGAGGAAGAAAAAGCUGCUACUGCAGGAUCCAUGGAUGAUGCAGAGGCCUCUUCAUCAAGAAGUUCCAUCGGAGGUGCACAGACAAGAGAAAACAAUGUUCAUAGAUUAGGACCUGAUGAAAUUUCUAUCGAUGUUGACGCAGUCAGACGGGUUUAUAAUAAACUGCUUUCCAAUGAAAAGAUAGAAACAGCAUUUCUUAAUGCAUUGGUGUACUUGUCGCCAAAUGUGGAAUGUGAUUUGACUUACCAUAAUGUGUAUUCAAGAGAUCCUAAUUAUCUGAACUUGUUUGUUAUAGUCAUGGAGAACAGCAACCUUCAUAGUCCUGAAUAUCUGGAAAUGGCCCUUCCACUUUUUUGCAAAGCCAUGAGCAAGCUACCCCUCCCAGCUCAAGCCAAAUUAAUUCGUUUAUGGUCAAAGUACACUGCAGCCCAAAUCCGUCGAAUGGUCGAAACAUUUCAGCAGCUCAUUACAUAUCGGGUCAUAAGUAAUGAAUUCAAUAGUCGAAACCUGGUGAAUGAUGAUGAUGCAGUUGUUGCUGCUACAAAAUGCUUAAAAAUAGUGCACUAUGCAAAUAUUAUUGCAGGAGAUGUGGAUACAGGGCACAAUGAGGAAGAGGAAGAUGAGGCAGUUGCUGAAUCUAGUGAAGUUACCUUGCAAGAGCUGCUAGGUGAAGAGCGGAGAAAUAAAAAAGGGCCCCGAGUGGACCCCCUCGAAACUGAGUUGGGUGUGAAAACAAUUGAUUGCCGAAAGCCACUUGUUCCUUUUGAGGACUUUAUUAAUGAACCACUAAACGAUGUACUGGAAAUGGAUAAAGACUAUACUUUCUUCAAAGUAGAAACUGAGAACAAAUUCUCAUUUAUGACCUGCCCCUUCAUUUUGAAUGCUGUAACCAAGAAUUUGGGACUUUACUAUGACAAUAGGAUACGCAUGUACAGUGAGCGACGGAUCACUGUCCUUUACAGCCUUGUCCAGGGGCAACAACUGAACCCCUAUCUUCGACUAAAAGUCCGACGUGAUCACAUCAUAGAUGAUGCCCUUGUUCGGCUGGAGAUGAUUGCCAUGGAAAACCCUGCAGACCUGAAGAAACAACUCUAUGUAGAAUUUGAAGGUGAACAGGGUGUGGAUGAAGGAGGCGUUUCCAAAGAGUUUUUUCAACUUGUUGUGGAAGAAAUCUUCAACCCUGACAUUGGAAUGUUCACGUAUGAUGAAUCUACAAAAUUGUUCUGGUUCAACACUUCUUCAUUUGAGACUGAGGGACAGUUUACUCUAAUUGGCAUAGUUCUUGGCCUAGCCAUUUACAACAACUGUAUAUUGGAUGUGCAUUUUCCUAUGGUCGUUUACAGAAAAUUGCUGGGCAAAAAGGGAACGCUGCGUGACUUGGAAGACUCUCACCCGGUCUUGUAUCAGAGUUUAAGAGAACUUCUUGACUAUGAUGGCAAUGUUGAAGAUGACAUGAUGAUCACUUUCCAAAUAUCACAAACUGACUUGUUUGGAACUCCUCUGAUGUGUGACUUAAAGGAGAAUGGGAAUCAGAUUCCGGUGACAAAUGAAAACAGAAAGGAAUUUGUUGAGCUUUAUACAGAUUACAUUCUCAACAAGUCGGUAGAAAAGCAGUUUAAAGCCUUUCGAAGGGGUUUCCAUAUGGUAACCAACGAGUCACCACUCAAGUAUUUAUUCCGACCAGAGGAGAUUGAGCUGCUAGUCUGUGGAAGUCCGAACCUAGAUUUUCAAGCACUUGAAGAUACUACAGAGUAUGAUGGUGGAUAUUCCAAGGAGUCCCGUAUUAUAAGGGAAUUCUGGGAAAUAGUCCAUGCAUUUUCAGAUGAGCAAAAACGGCUCUUCCUGCAGUUUACAACAGGCACAGAUCGAGCACCAGUUGGUGGCCUUGGAAAACUUAAGAUGAUCAUAGCUAAGAACGGACCAGAUUCUGAGAGAUUACCGACAUCUCACACGUGUUUUAAUGUCCUCCUACUUCCUGAAUAUUGCAGCAAGGAAAAGCUCAGUGAGAGACUACUAAAGGCCAUUACCUAUGCCAAAGGGUUUGGCAUGCUGUAAAAGAUGAAUGUAAAGCGUGUGAUAAAAAGUAAAAUUAUGGGUGUCAGUGUUCCUGUGUUUUUUUUUAAAAAAGGCCGUGAAAUAGUAACAAUAGUCACCAGUGACUGCUUCCCCUCCUGGGGAUGCAGGGCUUGAACAACACAUUUCACUCGGGACACUGGGAUGGAACAGCAGAUUUCAGCUACUUCUACAAACUUUUUGUUAGUGUGACUUUCCAUAUCAUUUGCUUGUAUGUAUAGUAAACUUUUUCUGAAUAUUUAUUUUAAAAUUCCUGUGGGGAGGAAUGGGGGAAAUUAAUCAUGUUUGUUCCAUUACUGAAUUAGCUGUUAUGAAUUUAAACAGACAAGCAAAUUAUCUCAAAUAACGUUCCUUGGAUUAUUAUCAAUUUAAUUUUUUAACUGUAUUUUUACUUCUGAGGCAUUCAGUUCUAGGAGCAUUCUCUUCCCCUACCCCCACUGUUGCUUUGAUCCUUAAGAUUUGGAGUGGUUUGGUGCAAGUGCUGCUGUUCUAGUCCCAGAGAAAAUUUUUACUUAGCUUUACAUCUAAUACAGAUGGAAAAAAAACCUGGAAUGUUAACUGCAUUCUUCAGACCCUGCUUUAAUUACAGCAUAAAAAUUCUUGGAAGAUUUUAGAAAAGAAAAAAAUAAAUCUUCACUGCUCAUUCUUGCAAGCCUGGAAGUAAAUUUCUGUUUAACUUUUCAACUCUUGCUGAAUGUUGGAAUGCUGGUCCACUGGAUUUACUGACUUUUUAAUUCCAUUGCUUGACGUUUUUGAAACUCCCCUACAAUGGCAUAACAGUAUUGAGUUUAUUGGGGGUGGGGGGUGGAUAGAAAUAGAUAAGUGUGCAAAAGUGCCCUUGCAAGAAUUGGAGCCAAAGUUUCCUCUUUUGUUUUUCCAACACAUUCAAAAUAUACUGUGCUUUCUCUUUAUUUUAAAUAAAAAUCUUACUGUUCCUUCAUUUUAUCUGCUGUACCUAAGCAAUAUAUUCAGCAAGAACAACAUUGUGCUUAAUCCUAUAGGCCUUUCAUCGUUUCUAAUGGAGAAAAGGCUAAUUGCAUAUGAAGUAAUGUGAUAUGCAGAAUAUAGGUGGUGAUAAGAAGGUAUCAGCACUAUUCAAACACUUUUUACUCAUUGACAAAUGGACAAAAAGAUGUUAACAUGAAUGAUACUAAAUAAAAUGGAAUACAACAAUUUCUUUGUUUACUGGCAUGAUAGGUACUCAAACUGAAUGGUGCUCAGAAUGUUUUAUUGUGAGAUUGACUAGAUAAAACAUGAGUCUACAUAUAGCUUGACUUAAUCUCUUUUUUUAAGCAUCACUACCUUGUAACUUUAAUUUAUGCAACUCUUGUAGAGUUUGGAUUUUAAAGUAAUAACUAGCCUUUCCUGAAAGGCAUGAAUACUGCUUAUGUACGCAUUUCCCACAACUUUACCGGUUUUCUGCCAUUUGGACAAAUAGCUUCAAUCUGUUUAACAAUACUGUUAAAUUGUCUUUACCAAAUAUUAUAAUGUAAUAUUAUGUAGCAGUGGGCAUUGAGAAAUUUCCCAGAAUUGAAGGUUAACAAUCCUUUAGAAUAUUUUUUAUGGAAACUUGAACAAAUAAUGCAAUCUUACAGUUUGUACAAACAUUCUGUUCGAAGCUUCUGGUAUUUUUAGCUGCUAAAACAUCUAGUCUAUUUGGCUUUUGGUCCCUGAGCUGGUAUGCCAAUACAAUUCAUAUAUUAAAGAAAAGUAUGUUUGAAGUUUUUGUUGAGAGCUUAUAAAAAUGUUAAAUCAAGAUAAUUUUAAAAAUCUGGUUUGAAAGGAAGGAAAGGUUACAAGAUCAAUGGAAACUACCGUUUUUAUUGUUUCAGACAUUAUGUAAUUCAGCUGGG